AUGUCAAUUGUGCUUUUGAAAACUGUGGUGGGGGUGGUGGUGAUGGUGGUGCUGCUGCUGCUGCUGCUGCUGCUGCUGCUGCUGCUGCUGCUGCUGCUGCUGCUGCUGCUGCUGCUGCUGCUGCUGCUGCUCCUGCUGCUGCCGCCGCUGCUGCUGCCGUCGCACCUCCGCCCGCGACAGCAGGUCUGCCUGGCGAAUCGGCUCUGGCACCCUGCAAACGCAGCAGUGUGA